AUCACUCAUGAAGUUAAAAAGCUCGCCCAUGCGCCAAAGAUGAUUCCAAUAAAACCCGACUAUAAGCGCAUUUGAUACACUUUCACUCCCAUUUUACGCGAGUUAAGGUCGCUGUCUUCCAUAUUCACGGUUCCUCCUCGCGCUCUUCCAGGUACACGCCCUUUGACUUGUGAAGGGGGAAAACUUUUAAGGACAGGAGAAAAAAAAAAAAAAACCUAAAUCACGGAAGAGAUUCUGCAGUCCUACUAGUUUGGCAAGUUCUCUGGGCUCAAUCAGCGUAGAAAGGCGGAGAAGAGGACAGAAACUCACAUUUGUGCGCAUUUUAUACACUUCUCGUGUCCCGAAGACGGUAAACGAGGAGACAUGGAGGACGCCAUUCAGACCAUGGUGAAGGUCUUCCUCAAGACGAGCAAAGGAAAGGAGAAUCUAGGAAAGAAAGAAUUCCAGAGUCUGGUUUCAAACCAGCUCAGCAACAUCCUCACGGACACGGACAGCAAGGAGGCCAUCGACAACAUGGGCAAGGGUCUGGACUCCGACCACGACGGCAAGGUGGGCUUCGAGGAGUACCUGAAGCUGGUGGGCUACCUGGCGUGCUCGCUCAGCGAGCAGCGCGGCGCCGCCAAAGAGGAGCCGGCCCAGAACGCCGCCUCCGACCAGGGGACGCAGAGCGCCCCCGGCAAAGAGGAGGAGAGGCCCGAGGCCAACGCCGAGUCGAAGGAGGAGGCCGAGCCGAAGGCCGGCGAAGAGGCGAAGGCCGAGGCCACGGCCGAAGCCAAAGCAGAGGCACAAGCAGACGCUAAGGUGGAAGUAAAGGCCGAGGCCCAGGCAGAGGGGGAGGCCAAGCCAGGGGUGGUCAAGGGAGACGCGGCCACGGCAGAGGAAGUGGCCGUAGAAGAGGCCGGCAAAGAGGCAGAGAAGCUGGAGGAAACGGUAAAGCCGGAGGAAAGCGCAGAGAAGGCGGCCGCUGCUGCCGUGGAGGAGGAGGAAGUGGAGAAGAAGACAGAGGAGAAAACCUCAUAGGGGACAAUCCAUUCCACCUAAAAAAGCAAAAAAAAAAAAGUUUUAAUCACAUGACCCGACACUACACAGAGCGAAACAUUAACGCCAGAAAUGUUUGAAAUCCUGAAAUGUUUUUUGAAUAUACAAGUUUAGCAUAAAGAAAUGAUGGUAAAAGUUCAAACACUAAAAAAAAAAAAACACUAUUCCUUAUAUAUGACCAUGUACAUGAGAGUAGACGUAUUGCUUUGUACUGCUAGUUACCACUAUGUUCAUAUGUACAGCAUGUGCAUCCCACUAUUAAGCACAUUUACCUCAUUAUGAUGCAUACUAUGAUAGCAUGCAGUUGUACACUAUCGCGGGCAUGCGGCGUCCCUGUGAAAACCUUUCAUGCAGACUAGGAUAUUUGCUGCACACUUGACCAAAGGGUCCUAACACACUAGACACUUCCCAAACUUUCCCCUUUUAUGUCUCGGGAAUUGGUAUGAAACGCAUCGCUUUGUCAAACUUACGAUCCAAAAAUGUCGAUAUUACAUUUGGUGGGUUUCAGUGUUUGCUUUAGAGUGCUUUAGAGUACUUUAAAUUACCUUGACUGCGCACUCAUGCCUCUUCUCCCUUCCUGUGGUUUACUUUAAAGGCUAUCUCCCCCAUUUUCCUAGUUUACCUGGAGCUGACAGUGUCCAUCCUCGGCCAUAAAUUAGGAGCUGGAAGAUCAGGUGUGACCUUUGGCUAAAUAAUUAAGGCCCAGGGAUGGAUUCUACACCUAAACAACCAUUAUGGUCAAAAAGGGAGACUGAAAUAGUCCUGUGGGAGUGGGCUGGGGACUAGCGUAGCAGGUCAGAGAAGGUGUUUGUGCAACCCAAUCUGCCUGAUUAGCCGUGGAAGAGAGGAACGGGAUAAUAAAGAACCAUGAAGUCAAUAAAAGCCAUUCUUGGUGCAACACUUGAACCAGUAGGUGCUGCGUUCUGAAUCACCCUGGCUGCACUGGAUAGAGGGAAGUGGUCAGAAAAGCCGAAACCAGAACUUUAACAUGAAUCGUAGCGCGUCGGUUCCAGCUUUUGUUUGUCGGUCACACCCUCGUACGGUUUAAACACCCUGUUUGACCUGCAACUGGAUCCUUGGGCAUUAGGCUUUGGGAAAUUACUGGAUUAGGCAUUUCAUGAGUAACACACCCUGGGACGCAAACAAUUACGUGAAAGUAAUCCCAGGCUCCAGUUGUCUUGCUCAUCGUGUGAGGUGGUAGCAUCUUUGUCAAGUUUUGCUGUUGUUAAGCAACAAAUAAUACUGAGCCUAACAUGUUGCAUGUUAUCUAAAAUUCUUUUGCUAUUCACAUUCCCAUCUUUUUUCUAUUUUAAUACCAUUAUCACGGCCAUUAUUUAAGUUCUACUUGGCCUUUCUUUUUAUAAUUUUCUUUAUUUUAAACCUAUAAUCUAACUCUUGUUUGGACCACUAUGGAGAUCACUUGAAAGCGUACUUCUCUGCCACAUUCUAUGUCAUUUUUCAGUCAGAAUCGAGGGAUUAUCAUUUGAAAUGACGCCACGAGAUAAGAGCUCGCCAUAUAUUGUGAUUCAGUUGUGUGUGAGGUUGCACCUUGUGCUCUGUCAGAGCAACACAAACCCGCUCGGGUUGUGUGAUCGCGUUGCCAAACUGUGACCCUCCCAUUGUAAAUACUCCAAUUCACACCUACUUUGCCCAGUCUUUACACUCAAAACACACUUUGCCCACAGCUUUAGCUGUUAUUAACAAACUUACUGCUCACCCUGGGAUUUUCUUCGUCUUUUUUUUUUAAAGAAUAUUAUUAUUUUUUGUACUAAAAUCAGAAAGUUUUAAUAAUACUUUUGGUACUUCCUAUGAAUAUUGGAAAUGUCAGUCUCUUGCACCAUCUACAGUCAGUUUCCUGUUUAACAGUGCAUCAUCACUGCCAUUGUGAGCCUGUGAUAUCUGAGUAAAGGUACGGUUUAAACAGAAGUCACUUACUUUAUGUGUUGAAAUGACUUAACUUGCACUAGCAGCAGAUUCCAUUAUCGAAUGUGAGCAUACUUGGUUUUAACCAGCAUACGAAAAAAAAAGUUUAAUCACAGAUAAUCCUUCGUCAGAACAUAUUUGGAAUAGCACAGGACCUAUGAGAGAUAUGUUUUCUUUCAAAGAGGUUUAUCAGUUUUCCUUGACAGAUAUGGCUCUGUUCCAUAGUGAAGACCCCGCCCAGCUUUAACUCGCGUAGAUCAAAACAUGCUGGAACAACAGCAGAUUUUGGAUCUGGGAGUAUUUUCAUUGUCCCACAAUAAAUC